UAGAAUUAAUUAGAAAUGUUAAGAUUGCCCAAAAAAGGAGCACCUAGAUUUGAUCAAAUUCAAGAUGAAGAAACUUACCUGGAGAAUUUAGCAGUACAGAGAAAUGCUUCUGCUUUUUUUGAAAAAUAUGAUCGGAGUGAAGUACAAGAGUUGCUAACUACUGCACUAGUUAGCUGGUUGUCUGCCAAAGAAGAUGUCCACUCUCAACUAGACAGCCCGUGUGGAAUUAUGAGUCAAAUAAAUAAUGUAGCCUUCUCCACAGCAAUCCUACUGACUCCUGUAGACCCUACUGCCCUCUUAGACUAUAGAGAAGUCCAUCAAAUCAUAAGGGAAUUGGCUGUUGGAAUUUAUUGCUUAAAUCAAAUUCCUUCAAUCAGUUUAGAAGCUAAUUAUGAUCAGAGUUCUUCUUGUCAAUUACCUCCAGCUUAUUAUGAUACCAGAAUUGGGCAAAUUCUGAUCAAUAUUGACUACAUGUUGAAAGCACUAUGGCAUGGAAUAUAUAUGCCCAAAGAAAAACGAGCUAGAUUCUCUGAAUUGUGGCGUACCAUCAUGGACAUUGAUCCAGAUGGGAAGCCUCAAACAAAUAGAGAUAUUUUUGCAGAGUUUAGUUCAGCAGGUUUGAUAGAUAUUACAAAGGAUCCAGACUUUGAUGGCAUCUAUGACGAAGACAUGAAUGAAGAUCCAACAUAUAAUCCCGAUAGCCCUGAAGAAAAAGCUGUAUUUAUGAAACAUGCUGAAAAUAUUCUACUAAAGUUGACAUUCAGUACCACACAAGUUCAACAGUGUGAAAAUGUUUUUAUAUUUGAAACAGCCUAUUGGCUUACUAAUGCUGUAAGAUAUAAUCAGGAUUAUCUUGACAUUUGUACCUACCAGAGAUUACAGCAAAGGUUAUAUCUUCAAAAAAAGAUUAUUCAAAAACACUUUGAGAAGAAAAAAGAAAUCAGGAAAGGGAUAGGAUACCUAAAAUUAAUAUGUUUUCUGACUCCAUUUCUACUGAGUUUAAAAAAGAAGAUGAAAGUUCCAUAUUUAAGUAGUCUGCUUCAGCCUUUUUCAGAUGACAAGGUCAAGACAGAGCGAGAAUUGCCUCCAUUUAUUUAUGGACGAGAUUUUAAAUGCCAGAAUUUUCACUACAAAGAGGAUCAGUAUUUUCAUGUUCAUGGAGGAAUUGAAUUUGAUAUCAGCACUCCUUCAAUCGAGAAUGCUUUGGAAGAUUUUAAGAACAAUUUAGAAAAAAUACGGGAUUGUGCUGCUAAUACAUUUGCAGAAGAUUCAGGAUACAAAGAAUAUUACUCAAUACCAGUCAUGAAAUUAAAUGGAAAAAGCUACUAUGUGAUCAGUUUUGAACUUGAAACUUUCUAUCAGCAACUAUAUAAGACACAGUGGUGGGGAGCCAUAAAUGAAAUAGUGAACAAUCUGAGACUGAAAAGACUUCCACUGACAGAUGCUCAAUUACAUGAACAAUUUAAGAAAAAAUUUGGUUUCAAAAAAGCUAUGAAAUGCAAGAGUAUCCCAUUUGGUAUGAAGUCUGCUGUUGAAAGAGGAUUAUCUGCUGUUUUCCAUACAUUUAGCCGUAAAACUUCAAGUUCGACGAUCAAUGUUUCAGAUGAGGCAGGUUAUGCUAUUUUCCAUCAAGCUGCUCUACACAACAGAGUUCCAAUCAUAUGUCAACUGUGCAACGCCAACUUCAAUGUCAACCAGAGAUGCUUUAUUAUACUUAACCAAGGUCCAACACCUCUACACCUGGCAGCACAGGCUUGCUCAUUAGAAACAACCAUCUGUCUACUGUGUUUCAAAGCUGAUUACACACUUUCUGAAAAAAGAGGCUGGAUGCCAAUUCACUUUGCUGCUUUCUAUGACAAUAUCUGCAUCAUAAUUGUUCUCUGUAGGAAGGAUCCUAGUUUACUAGAAGCUGAGGCAACAGCUGAGAAUCAGUGUACUCCACUGUUACUUGCUGCCACUUCGGGAGCACUGGACACUAUUCAGUACCUACUUUCUCUUGGAGCUAACUGGAGAAAAACAGAUAUUAAAGGAAAUAAUAUAAUUCAUUUAGCAGUGCUAACCUUUCACACGGAGGUUCUCAAGCAUGUAAUAGAGUUAAAUAUUCCUGAGCUCCCAGUUUGGAAAACUUUGGUAGAAAUGUUGCAGUGCGAAAGCUAUAAACGAAGGAUGAUGGCUGUCAUGUCUUUAGAAGUAAUCUGCUUAGCAAAUGAUGAAUACUGGAAAUGUAUUUUGGAUGCAGGCACCAUUCCUGCCUUAAUCAAUCUAUUAAAAGGUUCCAAAAUAAAAUUACAGUGCAAAACAGUUGGGUUAUUGAGUAAUAUCUCAACCCAUGCAAAGAUAGUGCAUGCUCUAGUAGAAGCAGGAGCCAUUCCAGCUUUGAUCAACCUACUGGUUUCUGAUGAACCCGAACUACACUCUCGGUGUGCUGUCAUUCUACAUGAUAUUGCUCAACUUGAAAACAAGGAUGUUAUUGCCAAAUAUAAUGGAAUUCCAGCUCUGAUAAAUCUUUUGAACUUAGACAUAGAAAGCGUGCUAGUAAAUGUGAUGAACUGUCUACGGGUAUUAUGUAUGGGAAACAAAAACAAUCAAAGAGCAGUGAGAGACCAUAAAGGCAUCCCAUAUCUUAUCACAUUUCUGAGUUCUGAUUCAGAUGUGUUGACAGCUGUAUCUUCUGUUACAAUUGCUGAGGUUGCACGUGACAAUAAGGAAGUUCAGGAUGCUAUGGCUAUGGAAGGAGCCAUUCCUCCUCUGGUGGCUCUUUUUAUAGGAAAACAACUUAGUGUUCAAGUGAAGGGUGCAAUGGCUGUGGAAGCACUGGCAAGUUACAACCCUGCUAUUCAGAGAGCAUUUCUGGAAAAAUCAUUAAGUAAAUAUCUUUUAAAACUCCUCAAGGCAUUUCAAAUAGACGUUAAGGAACAAGGAGCUGUAGCACUUUGGGCUUUGGCAGGACAAACACUAAAACAACAAAAGUAUAUGGCAGAACAGAUUGGAUACAACUUUAUAAUAAAUAUGCUUUUAUCACCAUCAGCUAAAAUGCAGUAUGUUGGAGGUGAAGCAGUCAUAGCGCUAAGUAAGGACAGCAGGAUACACCAAAAUCAAAUAUGUGAAGGGAAUGGAAUUGCACCACUGGUUCGCUUACUAAGGAUUAGUAAAAUAGCUGAAGGAACACUUCUGAGUGUCAUCAAAGCAGUGGGAUCCAUCUGUAUUGGUGUCGCCCAUACAAGCAAUCCCAUUAGUCAACAAUUUGUUGUAGAAGAAAAUGCCUUUCCAGUACUUAUCCAACUACUGAGAAAUCACCCUUCUCCUAACAUUAAGGUUGAAGUGGCAUUUUCCUUGGCAUGCAUUGUCCUAAGGAAUGAUCAGUUACAGAAUGAAUUACAAGAAAAUGAAGGAUUUAAUUAUGCUGAUGUCCUUUAUCUUUUUCACUCACAAGAUAAGGAUAUUUGUUUAAGAGCAGGCUAUGCGUUAACCCUUUUUGCCUUCAAUAGUCGCUUUCAACAAUACUUAAUAUUGGAAAGUGGAAUAAUGACCAUAUCAACUUUUGAACCUUUUCUUGAAUCAACAUUUGAAACUGAGAAGGCAAUGGCAGCUUUUCAGAUUAUUAUAUUAGCUAAAGUCAUUAUAGAUGUGGACCACAUUACUUUGACUGCAAGAGGUGUUACUAUUUUAGUUGAUAGUCUAUAUUCAGUUCAUUCCACUACUAUUGUCUUGACAGGGAAUUUAAUAGCUACCCUGGCUCAUUCUAGAGCUGGUAUUCCAGAAGCAUUUACCACAUUAGGGACAAUCCAACGGCUCUGCUAUCAUUUGUACUCAAGGCAAGAAGAGGUUCGCAUGGCUUGCUCCAGUGCUCUUGGCUACUUAACUUACAAUGCAAAUGCUUUCCGAAUCUUAUUAAAGGAAUGCAGGAAUAAGCCUAAUCAGUUCCUUCGUAUAACAAAGAAUAUCAGCAGAGAUGCAAGUAUAAACCCAGCAUUUUUAAAGGAAUUUCAAAUGCAACAAAGAGUGGGACUUCCUUCCUUAAGUCUGGAGAAAAAUGGAGGACCAUCCAUAAUUCCUGUCUUUAAAAAAGGGAAAGCGCACCGAAGAAAAUUAAAACCCAAAAUUCAACCAAGAGAUUCUUUGACUUUUAUACCUCCUGUAACUAACUUCAUGGGACUCUUCAAAACAAAAAAGACCACUGUUUCUCACAAUAUUUUUUCCUUUUCAUCUGCAAUUUCAUCAGAUAUCACAACUGUAUCAAGACCAAGAAUAGUGCUUUUGAGCCAACUUGGGAAACAUGUACAGAAAGCUAAUCCGGAGCCUGCAGAAGGCUAA